CUGUGAAUUGACUGGGAGCUGGACUGCCCUGGAGUCUGUGUGGGAGUGGUGUGUUUCCUGCAGCCGCCGCCACUGCUGUAUCGGGCUGUGUAUGCUCUCCUUCAUGCUGCCAGUGGUGCAGUCAUCAGCUGCAGUUGACCCCAGGCUUUACUGCUGUUUUGGCUCUCCUUCUUUGGAUGUGCUUAAUACCUGCUCGUCGCACCACGGCCUCCUCAGUACACCCUGCUGCCCUAGGGGCCUGAUGGACCACCCAGGCUCCUUGAGAAGUGUGGCUCUCCUGCGUCGAGCCUAGGAGCUUGAGCCUGCGCCGUGCUCGGGCAUUUUUAGAAAUGCAGACGCACUUUUCCUUCUGAUUUUCUUUUUUUUCCUUCUUCUGUUCGAUUGCGUUUAAUAGUGAUUACGUUGCUUUAUUGUUUUCUGUUCUAUCCCUUUGGUUCUUGUUAUUUUGUAAUGAUUUGUUUUUUUCAUUUCGUAUAAAUUACUUUGUUCCUCUUUCGUUUGAAUAUUUAGGUAUUGGGUUUUUGUUUUCAGGGUAUGAGGGCUGCCAUCAUUUUGUGAGUUUAAUUGUUGAUUUUCUUUUCUUUUGACAGGUGCUGGGGGUCCCAGAGCGGCAGCGGUUCCCUGGUGGUGGUUCCGUUUUCACUUUUUGGUUUGCUGUGUCACGGGUGCUGUGUGUUUUUGGAUCCUCCCCCCUUGCUGUUACCGCUGUCGUGACUCUGUCUACCGGCGCCUCCAAGUCAACCUUGUGGCUCUGAGAGGAAAGGUCAGGGUUCCUGUUUGUCCGACGCGCUGCCGCGUCCUCCAGAAAGCACACGAUGACAUAUUGAGAAACAAAAUCAACAUGGCGAUGCCGGUGUCUGUGCUCCGCCUGCCUAAGGGACCUGACCCCAACAGCCGCGGAUUUGAUCCGAAUUCACCCCGCUUCAUCGCCCUGUGCCGCACCUCCAUCCCGUCUUCAGCCGUGCCAGGGGGAAACACGGAGCUGCUGCAGGAGGAGCAACAGGCCCGAUCUGCCCUGAGAGAGAGUUUCCUCCGGUGUCUGCUCUCCAUUAGCAACAAGAAAGUUCAGUUCCACAUGCACGAGAACGUCAAGGUGGAGGCCACGUUUGGAGCAUCAGACAUCGACGUGCUGAACUUCCAGGUGUCCAAUCUGCACACUCCCAUUGGCGUGCAGAAAGAGGCGCUGAUCAGGUGUCAGGAUGUCAUAUCAUUCACUUUUGAUGUAUGAACACUUGAAGAGGUUUGCGUGAAAGCUCACUGCUUGAAAAUGUUAUUUUUUCCACACCAAGAGCCUGUUUAUAAAAUGCAGUUAUUUUUGGUAGUUUCCUGCUUAAAUUGACUGCUGCUGGUUGACGAGGGAGGAGAGGGAGGAGAAAUUCUAUUUUUGGGCACCAGAGGGAGUCAUAUGCCUUUGUUUUAUGUUAAAACCUCUGCAUGUGAACUUGUGAAGGUUUUUCUAUCAGAGCAAAAAGUACUGACAUUCUGAAUUCACUGGUUUGUUUUUGCAAAGGUUUAUAUUGUAAUUUUUUUUUUCCAUUGCAUAUCAUCGCUCUCAAAUAUGUUUGAACAUCUUGAGAAUUAAUUGAACAAGAAAACACUUUUUCUGUUCCAUGUUUUUGAACGUAUGUUUGAGAAGUUGAUGAACCUGCAACAGAAAGUCAAACUGUCACGUCAAAUUUUCUCCAACUUUAAUCUUUGAAAGACUCAAAAUGACAUUGAAACCUUGUACUCAUGCAAAAGUUGUGAAAGUGUUAAAUAAUUCUUUUGUGCUUUGAGUGAAAAAAGUUUAACUUUGUAACAGAUUAAAUUAUAUUUGCAAAUAAAACAUUUGAAGAAGA